CUACUUUAAAGCGAUUCUUUCUCCGUUUAACUGCGAAUGAUGUACAAGUUAUGGUGGAAAUUGCUUCUCCUCCAGGCUUCUGGGUGUCUAUCUCUGGAGAGUCGCCCAGAUCCACGCAUAGUCGGUGGCUUCCCAGCCGAUAUCGCCAACAUUCCGUACAUAGUGUCCAUCCAACUGUACGGCAUCCACCAUUGUGGCGGCUCCAUAAUAAAUAACCACACCAUCCUAACGGCUGGCCAUUGUCUGAACGGAGUGCCACAUCGCCUGCUGAAAGUUAAGGUCGGCGGAACGUCGCGCUACCGAAAAGAUGGGGAACUGUUCUCGGUCGCUGACCUGCAAGUCCACGAGAAUUUCAAUCCCAAGACCAUGGACUAUGACAUCGGUAUCAUCAGGUUGACCAAAAACCUAACACUAUCUAGAAAGGUAAAGGCCAUUCCCAUAAACCCAGAGAGAGUAGCCGAAGGCACCUAUGCCACCAUUGCCGGCUGGGGAUUUAAGUCCAUGAAUGGUCCUCCCUCGGACAGUCUGAGAUAUGCCCGAGUGCCGAUCGUGAAUCAGACCGCCUGCAGGAACCUACUGGGCAAAACUGUGACGGAUCGGAUGCUCUGUGCAGGCUACCUCAAGGGCGGCACGGAUGCCUGCCAGAUGGACUCCGGUGGACCCUUGUCGGUGAGGGAGCAGCUGGUGGGCAUCGUGUCGUGGGGAGUGGGGUGCGCCCUGGCGGACAAGCCGGGAGUCUACUCCCGCCUCGAUGCACUGCAUCCCUGGCUAGACCAGGUCUUGAAUAAGUCAAAGUAAUGCAACAUACUUGAUUCGGGCAGUUUCACUAUUUUAGCAGUUGGCACCCAUGAAAGACGCAUAAAAACGUGCACGUAAAUGCUUUCUCGCUUAAAGUGAAAAAAUCUACGCGGAUUUAAUCGUACAAAAUAAUAAAAACUUUAAGGUUCAUUAAAAGCCAACUAUUUGUGAAUAAAAG